UGGUUCUUCUACUGGGUAUUUCUGCAAAAACCCUUUUUAACUCUGAAGCAAGAGUGAAGAAGCAGAAGAAGAAAGUGUGAGAUUCUGACGAACGAAGGGGAAGAAAAAUGAUAACUUUGCGCAGCGCCAAUCAUAAUGCUUCUUCGUGGUCAAGGAUCGCACUUUCGGGUCGGAUUGAAAUAGCGUUGGUGAAUAUCUACAGACAACACAAUCUCACUCCUAUCAAUGAUGAGACGAGGCAGAGACUGUGUUCGAUUCCUGAGAAUUUGGCUUUUGAGUUGGUCAGCGACGUUCUUAGUUUGCAGGUUGGUGUGAUUUACAACCUCGACAGCUUCAUUGUUUCUAAGGUUAACCAGGCCGUUAGUGUCACUGGCUCUCAGCGGCUGAGCUCCGGUGGAUCUUCGGCACAGCCUCGUAGCCCCUCUGGAAGACACGUGUGCAGGGUCCUUGAUCAAGACGAGAUGUCUGUUGAUUCUGAUGCUCCUUCUUCCAAGUCUUUACAAAGAGAAGACGUAGGAGGAACUCUGCACAUUCCUCAGCUUGUAGCUUUGGGCGAACUCGAAUUCAAGAAGGCGUUUCUCUUACUUAGCUAUAUUCCAGGGCAGCGUCUGGGUGAGGUUGUAACUGCUGAAGAAAUCAGACGAUGGAAAGAUUUACCCAUGGUUGCAUAUGAAGCAGCGGUUUGGGACAGCUUGGGCCGGAAGUUUUGUCCUCAAACUGACGAAAGAGUGUUACAGUGGGAUAGCGGGAAGACCCAUUACUAUCAAUGUCAUGUAGCUCCCGAUGGUAGCUACACAUUUAAGGGCCCUUUACUGGAAAGCACUGGAACACACCUUCACAAGGUCUUGGGUGAUGAAAAUGUUCUAACGGUCAAAUUCGCAAAUGUCCAGAAAAACUCGUCAACCUAUUGUAGUGACAGCUACUUCACAUACAAAGGGAUUGCCAAGAACGGAAUCAUGGUUGGUUUACGUCGUUAUAAAUUUUUUGUUUUCAAAGAUGGAGGGAAAGACGACAAAAACAAAGAUGUUUCUACAAAGAGAGCAAAGUGCUACUUUAUACGCACAGACUCUACAGCUUCAAUUGAUAUGGAAAAACCCUAUAUCUUUUCCGGGAAGUCAAUCCAUGAAGCUCGUAUGCAUUUUAUGCAUGUGCAUACAUUGCCUUCUUUGGCCAACUAUAUGGCAAGGUUUUCUUUAAUUCUUUCGAAGACUAAGAAGCUUGAAGUUGAUUUGACAGGAGUUAACUUCGAAAUAAUCAAGGAUAUACCCUGCCAUGAUCAAGAUGGUAAAGAUGUUCUUGACAAGAAUAAAAAACCUCGUAUACAUUCAGAUGGAACUGGCUACAUCUCUGAGGACCUUGCUCAGAUGUGUCCAGUAAAUAUAUAUAAAGGGAAAUGUCUCAGAAGUGAUAAAAUAAAGGAAGCAUGUGGCCAAGAACCGCCUCUGCUGAUCCAGUUUCGGAUGUUUUAUAAUGGCUAUGCUAUUAAGGGAACUUUCCUCUUAAACAAGAAAAUUCCUUCUCGGACUGUCCAGGUUCGACCUUCUAUGAUCAAGGUGUUGCCAGAUUCGUUGCCGAAUAUUAGUACAUUUAAUACCCUGGAGGUAGUAAAUACAAGUUUUCCACCAAAAAGAACAAAGCUAUCAAGAAAUUUGGUUGCGCUGCUUAGUUAUGGGGGAAUCCCUGAUGAAUUCUUUUUGGAUAUAUUGCACAACACUCUGGAAGAGUCGAAAGCCAUAUUCUACAACAAGCGUGCCGCACUUAAUGCAGCCCUUAGUUACGGCGAAAUGGACGACCAAAAUGCUGCACAAAUGAUAUUGGCUGGUAUCCCCCUUGACGAACCACACUUGAAGACUUGUCUUUCUAGUUUCUUAAAGAGAGAGAAAAAUGAUCUCAAAGCAGGCAGGCUUCCUGUGACUGAAUCUUACUAUCUCAUGGGGACAGUGGAUCCUACCGGAGAGCUAAAGGAAGAUGAAGUCUGUGUCAUCCUCGAGUCUGGGCAAAUUUCGGGAGAAGUGUUAGUUUAUAGAAAUCCUGGAUUACAUUUUGGAGACAUACAUGUACUUAAGGCUACGUAUGUUAAGGCCUUGGAAGAGUAUGUUGGAAAUUCCAAGUUUGCUGUAUUCUUCCCUCAGAAAGGUCCAAGAUCCUUGGGCGAUGAGAUUGCAGGAGGUGACUUCGAUGGUGAUAUAUAUUUCAUAUCAAGAAACCCUGAGCUACUUGAACACUUUAAGCCAAGUGAACCGUGGGUGAGUUUGACUCCUCCCAGUAAAAGUAACUCUGCUAGAGGGCCUUGCCAGUUUUCACCAGAAGAGUUGGAAGAAGAGCUUUUCGAAAUGUUCCUGAAGGCAGGAUUUCAUGCCAGCAAUGUUAUAGGAAUGGCCGCAGAUAGCUGGUUAACAAUAAUGGACCGCUUUCUCAUACUAGGAGAUGAGAGCGCUGAUGAAAAAGCUGAAAUGAAGCAGAAAAUGCUAGAGCUUAUUGAUAUAUACUAUGAUGCUCUUGAUGCACCGAAGAAAGGGGCUAAGGUCUAUCUCCCGAAUGAGCUGAGGCCUGAUAUUUUUCCACAUUACAUGGAGCGGGAUAAAAAAUUCAAGUCUACUUCGAUUCUUGGAUUGAUCUAUGACUUUGUUCAAUCACAGACAACAAAGCAACCCUCACCACCAUCUGAAAUCAAUAAACUCCCGUGUUUCGAAGAUGAGCCUGUUUCUGAGUUUCAUAUGAAGGAAUGUAGACGGUGGUAUGAUGAAUACAAAGAUGAGAUGACCCACGCAAUGAAUACAGAUGCGAGUAAUAAGAAUGAAAUUAUUGAGAGAUGCAAGGAGGACUUCUACGGUGCUGCAAGUUUUGAAGAAAGCAAGAAAAGUCUGGAAGAACUCUAUCCGCAAGCCCUGGCACUCUAUAACAUAGUUUACGAUCAUGCCACUCAUGCAGGUGUUUCGAGAUGCGGGUUUGUCUGGAAGGUAGCAGGACCUGUCCUAUGCAGAUUCUAUCUUAAGAAAAGGCAUGAGAAAACUUUAGUGUCUUCACCCUCUGUGCUAAAAGAGAUCUGGGGUUGAAGAAUACAGUUGCUGGUUCAACCCUGUUCUGGUAAUUAUAACAAGCCUUUGUUUUCAAUAAGAAGCGUGUCAGGCAAGUAAAUUAGCUCAUAGGUGCCAAGUUGUGUUGUAGUAGUGCCUUUGGAUUGGUUUGAUUUUGUAGAUUUUUUGUAACCUUGAAUCUUGUAAUGUUAAAUGUUGCAGAAUUUUAAACCUUGAAUCAGUA